AUGGAUAUUCGGUGUCUUGUGAGGGAAGCGUUGACUGACAGCCGAGACGGAACAGAAUUGACGGGAAACGUCCCAGAGCCGGCCUCGACCUCGCUCGCCGGCACGACGCACCUCCUGGACCUGAAGACGAGCUACUACACCGCCCAGGUGCCCAUCUGGCUGGACCUCAUCUCUUCGCCGACCGAAUGGUCCGCGUCGUUUCUGUCCCCCGAGGCAAAGGAGGUCCUCUCCGUGCUCGGCGGUCUGGCCGUCGUCUUCGCCUUGCCGCCUGCCACAUCGGCAACAGCUCCGCCUCCUAGCGCUACCACCCCCGCGGAUUCGCCGUCGACGACAGCAGCGGCGGCGGCAGCGGCAGUGGCCCCGUCCGCGGAAGAGACCCGUGUUCUCAUCAAAGAGGUCGGCAAGGUCGUCCGUGAAGGGCUAGGCGGCUGGGCGUGGGACGGCGUCGGGCUGGGCGUCGGCGUCGGCGAGGGAGACUCCGAGGAGUGGGAGGAGCUCUGCGCGGAAUGGGGGCUGGAAUUCGUGCAGGUGCGCGGGGGCAAGAAAGAUGAAGGCCGGAACGAGUUUGGAGAGAAAAUGGGCAUCCCGAGAGUUCUCGAGGCUCUGGAAUCCAACGACUGGGCUGGCGACGCCGGGCCGGACGUCGACUCGGACCUGGACGACCUGGAGGAGUCGGGCCUGCCGCGCAAACCUCGGCCGCUUGCCGCAGGGGAUGACGACGACGAGUUUGACUUCGACCCGGAGAGCCUCAACUUCGGCUUUGACCGUUCUGAUUUCGAGGGUCUGAAGAAGGCUAUUUGGAACCUCGAGCAGGAGCAGGAGCAGGAGCAGCAGGAUGCCGAUGCCGAUGCCGAUGGUGACGAGAAAGACGGCGCGAAGAAGAACGGCGAGAGCUCGGCGGGCCAAAACGGCAAGGCCGGGGAUGAAGAGGGGCUUGACGGGGAGGAGAUUGAGAAGCUGGAGAGGAUGAUGCGCAAGCUGCAGGCUGUGAGGGAUUUGAGUGCCGGUCUGCCUGAGGAGCAGAGGAAGAAGAUGGCGAAGAAGGCUGUUGGCGAGGUGAUGAAGGAAUUGUAA